ACCGCCGUCAAACAUUCGCAGCUUUUCCAGCUCCUCCUCCGCUGGUCGCAUCCGUCUGGCAGUUCUGUUGCUGUGGCAAGCUUCCAGCUCACUCUCCGCAGCGCAGUCCAGUUUAGUUCAGUCAGUCUUCUACUUUUCCUCGUUCGUAGUGCUGCAAAGAAAGGUGGUGUUCGCGUAAAAGAUGGCUGUCACCCCGCGGUUGACGUGUUUGUCAACCUUUCUCCUGCCCUCCGCUGGGAUCCUGCUGCUGAUGCUGUUCGCCGCCGGAACGACGAACGCAAAUACCCAUCUGGUCCACCGGCGGUUCGAGUACAAGUACUCCUUCAAACCGCCCUACCUGGCGCAGAAAGAUGGAACCGUCCCGUUCUGGGAGUACGGUGGCAAUGCCAUUGCUAGUUCGGAGAAUGUCCGAAUAGCGCCAUCGCUCCGCAGCCAAAAGGGUGCCAUCUGGACCAAGCAGCGCACCAACUUCGACUGGUGGGAGGUAGACGUUGUGUUCCGGGUUUCCGGUCGUGGCCGCAUUGGUGCCGACGGUUUGGCCUUCUGGUACACGACCGAGAAGGGUGACUACACCGGCGAGGUGUUCGGUUCCUCGGAUCGCUGGGUUGGUUUGGGUAUUUUCUUCGAUUCGUUCGAUAACGACAAUAAGCACAACAACCCGUACAUAUCGGCCGUUCUGAACGACGGUACAAAGAAGUUCGAUCACACCAACGAUGGUUCUACCCAGUUGCUGUCGGGCUGUUUGCGAGACUUCCGUAACAAGCCAUUCCCAACGCGUGCCAAAAUCGAGUACUACAACAACAUCCUGACGGUGCUGUUCCACAAUGGAAUGACCAACAACGAUCAGGACUACGAAAUGUGCUUCCGAGCGGAGAAUGUGGUGCUACCGAAGACUGGUUAUUUCGGUGUGUCCGCUGCAACCGGUGGAUUGGCGGACGAUCACGAUGUGUUCCACUUUUUGACCACGUCGCUGCAUAUUCCCGGACAAAUUAAGGAGCAAGUGCCACAGGAUCAGGAUCAAGCUAAGUUGACCCAAGAAUAUCAGGAUUACCAGAAAAAACUAGAGCUGCAGAAGGAGGAAUACCAAAAGGAACACCCCGAGUUGCAGAAGGAUGAUUUGGAAAAUUGGUUUGAGGAUUACAACGCCCGCGAACUGCGACAGAUUUGGGAAGCCCAGACGGCCACGCACGAACAACUGCGAACGCUCAAUACGAAGCUGGAUGAGGUAAUUGGUCGUCAGGAACGAACUCUAGGUCUGCUAUCGGUGCAGGGUGGUGCUGGAGCGCCACCGCCGCACGUGACGCAACAGCAGCAACAGGGAGGCGCACCCCAGAUCGGCUCGGGCAGCGUAAUCCAGCGUCACGAAGUGGAUGCUCUGCUGCGCAACCAGAACGUGAUGGUCCAAACGGUUACCGAGAUCCGUUCGUUCAUCGGAGAAGUGCACGCCCGUACGGAUUCGAUUCUGAACAACCAGGCGCGGGCGCCGACCGCACAAAUCCAGGGCGGCGGGUACGACAUGCAGAGUUUGAUCCACGAAAUGCGAGACGGGAUGAAUCAGGUCAAGCAAGGCAUGGCGGGGGUUUCGCAGAGACUUCAGCAGCCAAAUGCGCAAGCUAGUGUGCAAUGCCCCACGCAGAGCUGCGUCGGUAUGACUGCCUUCCUGGUGACGAUAGUGGUCCACCUGUUAGUGAUAGUAGGAUACAACAUUUACAGAGACAGUAGGGACGCCCAAGCGAAAAAGUUUUACUAGAUGGACCGAAUGAGGAGAAGUGCCGUUUUGCCGGAUACGGGCAAUGAAGGCCAAAACCAGCACAGGAAGUUCAGGUUGCUGAGAUAGACUUCAGGUGGCAAGAGAUAGAGAGACCAUCCAUCCAACCAUCCAACAAACAAAACAAAAAAAAUAAACAAAUCAACCAACCACUAACUAGGCGUCAGUAUGAUUUAGAAUUUAGGCUAAAACAAUAAACAAAAGAAUCAAUGUGCGAAAACCGAUAUAAUGGCGAGUAGAACGAGUUGCAUUUUGUAAUAACAAAUAAGGCACAAAUCGCCUCAGUAGAAUCAGCCCUCUACUAACCUAUUGGUGUUUAGGGUUAGAAAUAAGCAUGGUACAAUUAUUAUCUUUUGCAAAGAAGUGGUAUUUCCUUGAAAUUGAAAUUGAGAGAUAAUGUUGGAGUUGGUAUGCAUGCAUUACUUAAAUCCUUUUCAAGCAGGUGCCUGUUGAAUGAGGUUUUAUUUAAGGACACCUAUGAAAAUGUAACUAAAUUUCCUUGUAUAAUUCGGAAGCCGUUGUAGCGCGUGACGAGUAUCUGUGUAUGUAAAAAUAAUGUUUUUAGGAUAAUUUUUGUCCAUGCGUCUGCAUCUUGCAUAGCUAAUUGAAUGGAAGUGAAAUGAAAAUUGCAUUUCUUACAGCACCUACUCUCCGUUGUAAUAGAACUGGUUUUAGUUUGCGCUUGAUUCAAGUCUACAUAUGUACUCCGGAUUCGGGCGUUUCACGCUAAAGGCUAUACUUUUAUUUGUCUGAUAAACUGCAGAAAUUAUCGUCGUUGUAAAUGUGUAUUAUGUUUGUGCAAAUGUUUCACAAGAGCGAGAAUUAUUUAAAUUAAAAUAAACAAAGUUUAUUAUAAAA